AAAACAGCGCAGAAGAGGGAGUAGCUUAACACUCUCGUAAUGACCGGCUUCGAGUUGAUACUCUCUGCUGCACUCUGUCUCUCCUGUGCACAACAAAAUGAUACAAGCUUACCCGCAGGCCUCAUCGAAUUGGAUGCAAAUGGCGAAGUGGUUACCAUAUCGCCAGAAUUGGCAGCCAGUGAACCAUCAUUGGAUGACGCGCCACUAGAAACGGUAAAAACGCUCUUAGCUAAGAAAGAGAAAAUCGACAAAUUGAAGGAAUGGAUAAAGGGUAGAAAGCUGGUUAUUGCAACAUUGGAAGAUUAUCCACUUAGCUAUACAGUGAUGGAGAACGAUACGCGCGUGGGCAAAGGUGUGGCUUUUGAGUUGAUCGAUUUCCUGCAGGAUCAGUUGCAGUUCACGUACGAGGUUGUGGUGCCGGAAGAUAAUAUCAUUGGUUCGAGAGAGGAUUAUGAGAAGAGUUUGAUAAAAAUGCUAAAUAAUUCGGAAGCCGAUUUAGCCGCUGCCUUUAUACCGGCACUCAGCGAGCAGCAUAGCUUCGUUUUCUACUCGACCACCACACUGGAUGAGGGCGAAUGGAUUAUGGUGAUGCAACGUCCACGAGAAUCGGCCACUGGGUCGGGUUUGAUGGCACCAUUUGAUUUUUGGGUGUGGAUUUUAAUUUUUAUAUCCCUGCUGGCGGUGGGACCGAUUAUUUAUAUGCUUAUCAUAUUGCGUAAUCGUUUGACUGGCGAUGAUGAGCAAAAACCCUAUUCGUUGGGUCAUUGUGCUUGGUUUGUAUAUGGCGCAUUGAUGAAACAGGGUAGCACGCUGUCACCGAUCGCGGAUUCAACACGUUUACUCUUUGCCACCUGGUGGAUAUUCAUUACGAUAUUAACUUCAUUUUAUACAGCCAAUUUAACAGCUUUUCUCACGCUAUCCAAAUUUACAUUACCCUAUAAUACCGUUAGCGAUAUACUAUAUAAGAAUAAACAUUUCGUUUCGGCACGUGGCGGUGGUGUGGAAUAUGCGAUAAGAAAUACCAAUGAGAGCCUCUCGAUGCUCACAAAUAUGAUACGCAAUAAUCACGCUGUUUUUUCGAAGAGCUCAAAUGAUACUUUUAAUUUGCAGAAUUUUGUUGAAAAAGAUGGUUAUGUGUUUGUACGUGAUCGUCCGGCUAUUAAUCAUGUUCUCUAUGCCGAUUACCGUUAUCGUAAAACUAUUAGCAUGAAUGAUGAAAAGUUGCAUUGUCCUUUUGCCAUGGCUAAGGAGCCAUUUUUGAAGAAGAAUCGUUCCUUUGCAUAUCCGAUGGGCUCGAAUUUGAGUGAGCUGUUUGAUCCAAAACUUCUCAACCUGGUUGAGUCCGGCAUCAUUAAGUAUCUCUCAACAAAGGAUCUACCCAACGCUGAAAUAUGUCCACAAAAUUUGGCCGGUACAGAGCGACAACUACGAAACACUGAUCUCAUGAUGACUUACUACAUAAUGUUCGCCGGCUUCGCCACCGCAAUGGUAGUUUUCUUUACCGAACUUAUAUUCCGCUAUCUAAAUAGCCGGCACGAGGCGAAUAAAUGGGCACGUCACGGCAUUGGACGUACCACAAAUGGACUCUCGGUACGUGCGCCGCGUUGGCUACGCCAAUUGGAAACGGAUAGUGAUAAACAGCGGCUGACAAGCUCAUCCAACGAGUCGACUAUUACACCACCACCACCCUAUCAAAGUAUAUUCAGCAGCACAAAUCGUCAUCAAGAGAAUCAUCAUAAAGACGCGACGCAUCUUAGUAAGGAUCGUAGCUUGAAUCGUUGGCGACGCGCGGGUCAAUUCGGCAAUAUGAUAGGUGGUGCUAGUGGUUCGCAAUUCGGUGCUUUAGCUGGUGGUGGUGGUGCUGGUGUUUUGCUGGGUAAUGGCCACUUCUCAGGUGGGAAUGGUGGCGCUGGUGGAGUACGUCGUUUGAUUAAUGGUCGUGAUUAUAUGGUAUUCCGCAAUCCGAAUGGUCAGAGUCAAUUAGUGCCAGUGCGUGCGCCUUCAGCUGCGCUCUUUCAAUACACCUACACGGAGUAGUGCGUGCGCGGAGGCGGUGUGUAUGUGCUGGUGGAAAAAUGAAACCGUGCUGGGCAUUAAUGCAGUUCAGCUGCAGCAGGCAAUAAUCAAGAAGUAUUUGGAGCUUUUGCUGAGACGUACAAAAUGACAAAGGCAUCUCAAUAUUUGGUUGAAGUGUGCUGGAACCGGAGGGAGAAAACGAUGGUUUUCAGUAAAAAAAAACCUGAAUGUAGAAAUUAUUUAGCUUAUUUUUGUAAUAGAUUUAAAAAGUGUAGCACCGAAUA